AUCACCACCAGUGAUUUGAUUAAUGGCUGCGGUGACCUUGCCAUUGAGUUAUAACCUAAUCAAUAGAAUAAGUAGGUUUCACCACUGUACUUCCAUUUUACGUGGUAGUGUUAUUAAAACCGGGUCUGGGUCGAAGAGUAACUGUUUUAUAAACUCAAUUCACAGUAAAUAUUAUUGUGGAACAAAGAUGAAGUCAGCCCUUGUACUAAUUGUUGACGGUUCAGAAGAAAUGGAAUUCACAAUAUCAGCCGACGUACUUCGCCGAGCCGGCGUAGCUGUGACAGUGGCCGGUGUGGAAGGCUCCAACCCUGUCAAAUGCUCCAGAGAUGUGGUAAUAGUACCAGAUACUAGUUUGGCAGAAGCAGUCAAGAAAGGUCCAUAUGAUGCACUUGUACUUCCCGGAGGUGCUGGAUAUGUGAAGUUUUCAGCGUCUGCAGAGGUUGGGAACGCUCUGAAAGAACAAGAGAAAGCUGGUCGUAUUGUUGCUGCUAUAUGUGCAGCACCAGCAGUACUGAAGGCUCAUGGGAUUGCUAAGGGGAAGAGUCUGACAUCCUAUCCUAGUGUCAAAGAAGAACUGGUCAGUGACUACAAGUACAGUGAGGACAAGGUCGUUAUUGAUGGAAACUUGGUUACCAGCAGGGGUCCUGGAACUGCCUUUGACUUUGCCCUGGCCCUUGCAGAAAAGCUUACAGACAAGGAAAAUGCUGAGAAGGUGAAAAAGGCAAUGUUGCUUUAAAUGUCGCAGCCUUUUGCAAUUCUGGUGAUAUUAUGUACAUAUUUGGAUUAACCAAUAAAUGUUCCUGUUGAAC